AAAUUGAAUUAUGCUUCAUUUAAUUGGGGCCAUAAUCAUUUUUUUCAGUGUACUCCUGAUCCAAUAGAUAAAAGUUGGCUUGCAUCUGACAUCCAGAAGAACACGAGAAACACCUUGAAGAUGUUUAAAACAUUAAGCCAGGAAAUCAUCUCAUCCUCAAUACUCUACAUUUUACUUUUUACCCAAAAAACAGGACAGACAGGUAAGUCUCACACCAAACUCAACCUUACCCCAGACAGAUUAAAGUUCAUCACGGUGUUUAUAGUGAAAGUGUUGUUUUUAGGCUUUUAUUGUUACAGGAAGCAAACGUUGCUCUGUACACCACAGAAAAAUCACAUCAGUGUCUGUGGAGACUGACAUCAGCUGAGAUAUCAUAUGAACUUUACCAAAGAGAAGACUAUGGAUUCAGUGGGAUUGAAUGUGAUUGAAACAGCAGCUCUUGGGAGACCCUUCCAGCUGGGUAUGCUGUAUGACUGCAGAAAAGAUGCAUUAAUACCAGGACACAGGCUCCUCACUAAAGAGCGGAUGGAUCAGAAUAUCUGUGCUCAUUCUCAGAUUAACACAGUAUUCACAGUUACAGCUUCAGAUUCACUUACAGAAAAAUCUAAAGUAUUGAAUAUUGAUGGUGGAGUGAAACUGAGUGUUUUAGGAGGACUCAUUGAAGUAGGAGGAGCUGCCAGAUAUCUCAAAGACACCAAGAAGUCCUUCAGUCAACAGAGAUUGACAUUGUUUUAUCACUCAACCAGUCAAUUUAAAGAGCUGACUAUAAAUCACUUGACUUCUGGAGAUUUCCUUCAUUAUGAUGAUGAUGUAGCCACACAUGUAGUGACAGCAGUGCUGUAUGGAGCAGAUGCCUGCUUUGUGUUUGACAGAGAAGUUUCAGCAGAUGAAGAUAAAAACAAAGUAGAUGGAGAAGUCAAAGUCGCCUUAAAACAUCUUAAAGGUAUUUCAGUCGGUGCAAAGCUCGAUCUGGAUGACAAUCACAAGACUGCGCUCCAAAAAUUCAGCUGUACAUUUUAUGGUGACUUUCAGCUGUCAUCUAAUCCGACUACAUUUGAAGAAGCUGUGAAGAUUUUUGAGGAUCUUCCCAAUCAACUGGGAGAAAACAAAGAACUUGUUGUUCCUUUAAGAGUCUGGCUUUAUCCUCUGGACAAACUUUACUCAAAAGCAGUAAAGUUUCAACAUGACAUCAGCAUCAAUCUAAUCACAGAUCUUGAAUCAGUCAUUGAGAGUUUAAGUACAACUGAGAUGAAAUGCAGUGAUCUUCUGACAGAUUCAGCUGCUUUGACUUUUCUUCAGUUUCGUGACAAAAUCAAUGACAUGAAGCAAAACUGUUACAAGUACAAACUGAAUCUCAUGAAGGACCUCGGCUCUCUGUUACCAAAACUUCGUGGUAAAUUUCUAGAAGAAACAGCACUGAUUGAUCUUCUGCGUGAACACGAGGAAUCUCCAUUUAACAGAAAUGCUCUUGAACAAUGGCUGAAAGAGAAAGAAGAAGAAUCUGAUGUCAUUAAAAUCCUCCUAACACAACUGAAUGACUCUGGAGCAACAGUAGAGGUCAACCUAAAGAAAAUUAUGAUGGAUCUGGAAGUUAAAAAAAUUGUCAGCUACACUUUUACAUCUUUGGGUUUUUCAGAUGAUCUUCUUUCUAAACAAAAGGCCAACCUGAGAUCUGAGACAAAGAGAAAAAAUGAUGAGAACACAACAGAUUCACAAUGCAAGACCUGGCUCACGUCUGACAUCCAGAAGAUUAUGAGGAAAAACUUAAAGAUGUUUAAAAACUUGAUUGAUAUAACAGAUUGCAAAUCAACCAAAUUUAUUGUUGCAUCAAAAGAAAUGAAAGAAUAUCCCGGUUCAUGCAUUCUUCACUACAGAAAUGGAUGUGAUGAAGGUGUUUGCUUUACUCCUCCAUUAAAACCAGACUGUCCAAUCAUUGAAGAGAUCAGAUACGAUCAAGUUGUUUUGAAGGUCUCUCCAUCAUGUCCUGCUACAGUAGAGAUGAAAUUACUGUAUAAAAUAAAGAAAGAGAAAGACUGGACAUCUCAACCUGUGCUGAAGAAUCAACAUACACUUACUCUGACUGAUCUCAGAUCAGACACUGAGUAUGAGAUUAAAUGUGCAGCAGUGGGGAAACUCAACUACACUCUUGAAUCUGAUGUCAUGAGAGUUAUCACACAGGGGGAAAAGACCAGUUUAAGUUAUCAAUUAUACAACAUCGAUGAUCUCAUCAACAAAAGCACCUUAAUUGAAAAUGGAAAUCCUGCUCGAUAUCGUCUGAAAUCAACAACAGAUUAUCUGGAUCAAUCUGAAUCAUACAGAAAAAUCACCUUUGGAGAAAGAGACACAGAUAAACCUCAUAAAAUCAUACUGAUAGUGGGAGAAACCGGCACUGGAAAAACAACUCUCAUCAAUACUAUGAUCAACUACAGCUGUGGUGUUCAGAGAGAAGACAAAGUUUGGUUUGAGAUCACAGAUGAUCAGACUGACCAACCAUCAGCUCACAGUCAGACCUCCAUCAUCACUGUCUAUGGUGUUUAUAUACAAGAAACUUCAGUUGAUUUAACAAUCAUUGAUACACCAGGAUAUGGAGACACUCGGGAUAUCAAUCGUGAUAAAAAGAUGGCAGAGAGUUUGUUAUGUGUAUGCACAUCUGAAGAUACAGUCCAUGAAAUCAAUACAGUGUGUCUUGUGGUUAAUGCCCAUCAAAAUCAACUCACUGUUAAACAACGAUACAUAUUUGAUGCUGUCCAGUCUUUAUUUGGUAAAGAUAUUGAUGAAAACAUUGUGUUACUCUUCACACACUCAUAUGGUGCUCGCCCUAAAAAUGCCCUGACAGCCGUCAAAGAAGCUAAAGUCAAGUGUGCUGUAGAUGAGAAGAAUCAGCCGAUCUAUUUUCUGUUCAACAACUGUCAGGAAGAAACAUUUGAUGAAGAAUAUCAAACAUUUGAGGAUCAAUCAUUGGAUCUCAGUUACAGAGGAGUGACAGAGUUUUUCAAGUUUCUUGACAGGACAAGACCAAAAACUUUAAGUCUGACACAUGAUGUUUUGCUGAAAAGGAAGCGGUUGGAUGCAAACAUCUCCAAUCUUCAAUCACGUAUUCAAACGACAGAACUGAAGCAAAAUCAGCUGAAACAAACUCAAGAUGUUGUGGAGAAACAUAAGCACUACGUGAAAGAAAAUAACAACUUUGAGUAUAAAGUUGAAGUGGCUUACAAAAAAUAUAUUGAUAUUGAUCCUACAAUAGCUAAAGAGGCCGUGUGCUGCACCGUCUGUAAGGAGAACUGUUACUAUUCAGACUUCUGGUGGGUGAAAGAUCUCUCAUGGUGUACUGUGAUGAGAAAUUAUCACUGCACAGUGUGCACAAAGAAAUGUCACUACAGCAAACACAUCAGAGGAACAAAAAUGUAUGUCACAAUGAUAAAAGUUGAGACAAGAACUGAUGAAAGUUUAAUGAACCAAUAUGAAAACAUAAUUGGGGAGGAUGAGUCUUUAAUAAAACAACUGCAGGAAGAGCUACAAGAAUUAAAGAAAGAGAAAAUCAAUCUGGUGAAUGAAGCUUUUCAUUGUGUGAAGUCUCUGGAGAUGAUCGCAUUGAUGCCUGAUUCAUUGUUCACACUCCAGCACAUUGAUUUUCUGAUUGAGAUGUUUAAGGAGAUCAAUGAACCUAAAAAAGCUGAAGCUCUGGAGAACAUCAAGAAGAAAGCAGGAGAAGGAAAGAAAGAAGUACUUGAAUAUAUCAAAACAUUUAAUGGGGAAAUAAACAAGAAUGAAGCUUGUUAAACCCUCUUGGAAAUACAACCUCAGCAUGUUUUCUUGUAUGUUUGAUCUCUGGCAUAAAAAGUCAGUAUGCAAAUUUCACAUGCUUGAUGCUUUCAGGCUUUUAGACAUGACAAGAUAAAGUUUCUGUUAUAAAUAGUUUUUUAUUUAAAAGCUUUUAUAAAAUGUGAUAUAAAUGUAAUAAAAUGAUGUGUAUUGAUUGACUGCAUAAUAAUGUUUAUUUUAAAUUGAUGCAUUUGCGAUUAAAAUACUGUAAAAGUUAAAUACUUAGGGGUGGUUUCCCAGACAGGGAUUAUCUUAAUCCGGGACUAGGUCUUAGUUUAAUUAGGAAAUAUAACUAGUUUUAACAAACAUGCCUUUUACUGGCGUGCGUUUUGAUGCAAAACAAAGGGCACCGAUGUAUUUUAAGAUAUGUCAAUUCAAGUUGUUUUCAGUUUGGACAGCUCUUACAUUUAUUUUAGACUAGGACUAGUCUAGUCCUUGUCUGGGAAACCACCACAUGUAUGUUUUGUCCAAUUUAAGAUGCUCUAUCAUAAAAAUGUGUGUCAUAAAAUCUACUGUACUUUAUUGGCAUUAUCAGUAAAAUAGGUGUUAAUCAAGGUAUAGUAGUUUAAUGUAUGUUUGUAUUUUACUGUAAAAUUAAAUACGGUAGAAUGCAGUUUCAUGUUUUUAUUCUGUAGUAAUUAACAUUAUGCAUUUUAAUUAAACCUGACAUAUUAAAGAUAGUUGUUUCCAGACUUUUUUUUACACGAUUGAGUUGUUAACAGUACAGUUGUUGGACCGGUGAAUGUUUCUCAUAUAAAGAGAAAUCUCUUUGAUAGCCUGAUGUUCUGUGAAUGUGUUUUUAAUAUGAUAAGAUUACUAAAAUGAGUUGAUUCAA